AUGGUGAUGACCAGGACGGGACCUUCUUCCCAAGAAGUCUCAAUGCAUGUGGGUUCCUGCAAUCUUAAGGCAGACCUUGACCUUGAAAAGUUUGACCCUAUGCUCCAUAUAAUGAUUGAGUUUCUAAAAAGUCACCCUAUUCACAAACCCUUGACUAAAUCAAUCGAGUUUCCUUUAAGCAUCAUUCAUAAGGCAUACUCCACUGCCGUCUAUAACUCUGAGGAAGAGUACAUUGAGUUCAACAUCAAUGAAGAUAAGACCACCAAACUGUCUAAGGUUGAGUUCCUGAAGGCUAUUGGCCUUCCAGAGAGCAAGGAAAAAAAGACGUUAUAUGAACCCACAAAUGAAGAACUCUUCGACAUAUUAGAUCAAAUGGGGUAUUUACCUCCAAAGCUUGAGUCAACCUCAAACUUCAGGAAAGGCAAGCUUCCAGGCAUGUGGCAUUUUUUGUUUCACAUCAUUCUGCGGUGCCUCUCAGGAAGGGUUGCAGGAAUUGACAUGCUAAGUAGGCAGCUUCAUGUACUUAUUUGUGGUAUGUACACUGGGAAGGAAGUGGACUUUGGAACCACUAUCUGGAAUGAUUUUACUAGUUAUGUGUUUCCAAAGAAGAAGGCAAUUCCUUGUGCAAGGUUUUGGGCACUUGCACUCCAAAGGGUGUAUAACAAGCUGAAGAUCCCAUUACCUAAAGAAGAGGAGAUGUUCACUCCUCGUACCUUAUCCAGGCAUACUAUCCCAAAUCAGUCUGCAUUUGGGAAGGUUGCUCGUCUCCCCGAAGCAAUGCUUCAAUAUAUUGAAAAGAACUCCAAAGUUCUCAUCAGACAUAUAAAGGAAACGGAUCCUCCAGAAGCUGAACGCCCUACCCAAUCCUCACAACAUACUUCCAGUCCUACAAAACAAAAGAAAAAUGCCUUGAAAGUAAAGAAGACUACUGGUAAAAGAAAAGGUGAGACCAUUCCUUCCCCUCAAGCCAAAAGACAACCCACAAAAUCUCAAAAGGCGAAGGAUGUUGAAAAAAGAUCUACCGUUGGGUCACAGUCAUCUACCUCUUCAUCCUCUCAAGAAGAUGAUGUCUCUCAAAAGUAUUGGAAUAUAACACAUACACAACCCCCUUCCUCUCAAAAGGAAGAUGUGGGUGCUGAAAAAAGUCAUGAGCAGCCCCCAGGGACACACUCAAAUAUCAAUCAUGAGCCUAUAAAGACAAGUUCUUCUUCUUUCCACACUACACCACCUGAGGCCUUAAUCCCAGGCCAAGAGUCUAAUGGUGAGGCAGAGGUGAGAACAUCAGAGAGUGAGAGUGUAAGGCAAACUCGAGAUGAUUCAACGAAGGAAACACGAGAUGAACAGGAGAGGCAAAGUGAAAGAGCUGAGAAAGAGGGAAAUGCUCAGAUAGACUUGAAUGAGGAAAUGUUAAAAGAGAAGAGACUGAGAGAUGAGAAGACAAAAGAAGAAUUGAUGAAACUGAAAGCUGAGGAAGAAGGGAGAAGGAUUAGAAAAGAGCUUAUUCAGAGGCUUGUGAAAGAGACGAAGAGGAAGGAGGAUGAGCUUAAAGCUGAGAAGCAGAGAGAGCAAGAGGAAAGAGAGAAAAACGAAGCUCUACCAAGCAAUGAUGAGAUGAAGAAAGCUGCUGAGAAAGAACAAAUUGCCACCAAGCAAUUGCAACAGGUUCUUAGUGAAUUAAGAGAGGCUGAGGAAAAGAAAGAAGAGGAGCAAAAGGAAUUAGUGAGAAUGUUGCGUGAGGAGCAACAAAAGAGUGAAGAGGAAGAGAGGGUCCAGACCACGGAUAAACUUAUUGAUCUUGCCAUCUGUUGUGAGGAGUCUUUGGACCCAUUCACAAAGACUGGUAUGGAGUCUGCUCAAGACAUGGAAAAGGACUUUGUGUUUACUGCUGAUGAUGGACUCAUCCAAGACUCUGAUUCACACUCCAUUAUGGAGACACUCAAACCCUCCAAAUCUAUUAUUUUCUUGGGAUCUUCAGAAACAGAAAGUCAGGAAGUUCCCAAAGGAGACACCAACACUCUUCCAACCACCACUGUCAGACGCACUAAAUUGAAGAAGAAAAAGUCCAAAUAUGUCUCCAGGGUGGAAUUUAAUUCCCUCAACCAGAAGUUGUCUGAGGUUCUUGAGCUUGUAAACAAGAUCCCUCCAUCUAAGGAGAAAUUUGUGAGCAAGGAAGACUUCCGGGAAAUGCAGAAAGUUGUGACAUCCUUAGCCCAAAGGGUUCCUAAUCUUGAGACAAGGGAAAAGAUGCUUCGGGAAUCAGUCGUCAAAUCUACUGCAGAUGCUCUGAAGAACAUGGAGCAGAAGAGGACUGAUGACACAUUUAAGUAUUUGGAUCGGAUGGAUGUGAUGGUGAAAAUGGUGAAGGAAAUUCAACAGUCGUAUGAUGACCUCACCAACACCUUGGGCCACCAACAUGGAGAUGAGAUUGUCCGUUUAAGUGAGCAGCUCUGUGACUAUCGCAACAAAAAUAUUAUUCUUCAGGCUGUUUUGGUUAAAGUAAUACAGUCUGCACAACAACUGCUAAGACCCCGCAAUGUAAGAUUUGAUGAAAUCCUAUUUGCCAUCCAGAAAAUUCAAAAUUCUGUGGAUGUACUUCCAAAGACUCUAUCCAAUGAAGAGCUAAGCAAACAGGUUCCACAAUCGUUUCAAAAAGUGUUUGACCUGAUAGAGAACUUAAAAGGUUCAAAAUCCGUGGAUGAAGCUGGACAAGAUGAAAAUGUGGUGAUAACAGAAACUUCUCAUUCUCCCAAGAUAGAUGAGGUAUCCAGACCUCGACCACCUCCUCCACCUCCAAAGACCACAAUUCCUCCACCAUCUCCUCCCACUUCAUUUGUCAUGCCUCCUACCCAACUAGCUCCGAUGAUCCCUGAAACCCACAAAGCUUCCAUUAAAGGUAAAGGCAAAAGGCCUUUGGAGGUUCCUGAAGUGAGUCGGAAUCAGAUGAAGACCUUUCGAGUGUCUGAGGAAGAAAAGAAGCAACAAGAGCUGGAAAACGAACUCCUUGCCAAGCAGAAACAUGAGGUGGCAACAGCACAUUCCUUUCAGGCGAACUCAAGUAAGGAGGAGCAACAGGCUUUAUCUCCUUUGGUCUAUGUUAUCAGACAAUUGAGGGAUGAUGAACUCGUGCCCAAACAAACUACAGCUCCUCCCUCCUCCGAUGAGUAUCAGUGGGAUAUACCCAUGUCUCCAAAUGCACGAUAUUAUUCAGUCUUCCAACCACUACAUCCACACCUCUCAAGUGAAAUGCAAAUCUUAAUUGAGUUGAACCGACUAGAGGAGUUUUUCAAGGCUCAUGCUCAGCCCCCAAAAGAUGUAUGGUCUCUCCGGAGGAUCAUAAGAGUCGUGGGAUACAAGAAGAAGUCUUUUAAGAAGGAAGAGUACUUCAGUUUUGAAGUGGUGCGAAGUGAUAACAAAAAAUAUUUCUUCUCCGAAGCCGAUUUUCCUAACCUCAAUCCUAACGACCUAUACGUGAUUGGCAAACACUUCCAGACCAAACUCCUCACUCAUGAACCUUACAGAUUUCCCUUUCUCCAAAUCCAGAGAUUUCUAAGGUCUUUGGUCUAUGAUCUUAGCAGCAUUGAUGCAGAACAAUUUGAUAGCUUUGUGGAUAAUCCACCCGAAGAGAUGAACCAAGAUCUGGAAGGAAUUGAGAACAGACAUCGAGGACCUACUGAGGAUCCUGAACUAGGGAUCAUCUUCUCUAAUGAAAAGGGUAGUCCGAGGCUCUUUUUUCGAUUAAAACAGAAGCAUCGCUGCAAAACGGAGUUCCUUGAAAAGAUGAUCAAUCUUACCUUAAGGUCCAAUGCAUCUGCAGCUAUAAAGGUGAAGAUCAUUGAAGAACUAGAGUGGUGGGUAGCAGUUCGUAAGUGGAUCAAGAGAGCAACAGACCUCGUGAAAAACAAGAUCUGA